AUGGUUUCUCAGGCCCUCGUUGCCCUACUUUACGCUGUUGGCUCGGCUGCAGCUCUCACGUGCCAAGUUGCUGCCAUCCUUGCCGCCCUGAAGCAGUGCAACAAUGGCGGAACGAUCGUGCUCGACAAGACCUAUACCAUUGGCUCCGUGCUCCAGACAGACUUCCUCUCCAACAUCGCCAUCCAACUUUCUGGGACCAUUAGCCUCAGCACCGAUCUCAGCUACUGGCAAAAGAACUCUAUACAACUAACCUAUCAAGAUGCCUACACUGCCUGGGCCAUUGGUGGAACCGAUAUACACAUCUUUGGUGGCGGUACCUACAACGGAGGUGGCGACGGCAAGCAUUCUAUUAUUCUCCAGAAUCAACUAUCAUUUGCUGAUCAAGUAACAUAG